AUGGAUCGUCCUUCUCGAGAAAACCGUGUUGCUGAUGCUAUUGUUCCGGUUGAAGAUAACACCAGCCCCUAUUAUCUUCAUGCUAGUGAUAAUCCAAGCCUUCAACUAGUUCCUCAGCUAUUGAUCGGCUCUAAGUACAUUAAUUGGAGCAGAUCUGUGGUCACAGCUUUGAUUGCUAAGAACAAACUUCCUUUUGUCAAUGGAUCUCUCCCUCGACCUCCGAUUGAUGAUCUUCUAUCCUCAGCCUGGAUUAGAUGCAACAGCAUGGUGAUUUCAUGGCUGCGAAAUUCGGUUUCUCCUCAGAUCUGUUCGAGUAUAAUGUACAUUGAAGAUGCUCAUGAGCUUUGGUUGGAUCUAUGCGAUCGAUUUUCUCAGAUAGAUUCUGCUCGAUCCUACCAACUCAAGCAACAACUUAUGUUACUCACACAAGUGCUGCAAAAUGGCAUAAACACCAAGAGGAUGACUGCACAAUGCAGUUCCUCAUCGUUCAAGAAGAGAGGCAAAAGAGUAUUGAAGGUUGGUUUACCCUCAUCCAAUGGUGUUAUACCAAGUGAACAACCAUAUGCCAAUGCUGCUUCAAUAAAUUUUGGCAGAGGCAAACUUCUAUGUUCUCAUUGUGGUAGAACAAAUCAUACAGUGGAUAGAUGCUUCUCUUUGCAUGGUUUCCCUCAGAGUUAUGGCAGAGGCCGAGGAAAACCUCAUUUUAAGGAAUACAACUCUUCAAAAUCAGUCAAUUAUGUGGAUAAUCAUACACCUGAUACUGGAGUUGACAAAGCAGUAUCCUCACAGUCAUCAACUGUCUUUCCUUUUUCAGAUCAAUGUCAACAACUUAUUUCACUAUUGCAGUCACAGCUUGCAGCUAUAUCAUCCCCAAACACUUUAUCUUCAUCCACUCCUUCAGCCGCACUCAUCAACUCACCAUCUACAUCCACUCAAAUUUCAUUCACUGGUACAACUCUAUUCUCCCCUUUUAUUCCUUCCAUUUCUGCUUCUAGUCAUAUGUGGCUACUUGAUACUAGUGUCACUCAUCAUGUAUGUUGUGAUAUUAACCUCUUUACUUCAUCAUCUCCUGUUGAUAACUCCUCUGUGAAUUUACCUAAUGGAGCUACAACCACUGUUACUCACAUAGGAUCUGUCUAUCUUACUCCCACCAUUACACUUCACUCUGGAACUUCUCAGGGGAUUGUGAUUGGGAAGGGUAACCGAGUGGGGAAUCUCUACAUGCUUGAUGUUGAUUCUGAUUCAACUUCAGGUUCUGCUCCUUUCUCUUGUAUAAAUUCUGUUGUUUCUGUUGAUCUUUGGCAUAAAAGGCUUGGAUCCCAUACUUCUGAUAUACUCCAGCCUACUCCAUCUCCCACAUCUGAUCAUCCUCACACUCUUUCUAACACCUCACAACCUCAACCACCUCCAAAUCAGAUCACUAGAGCUGGUAGACAAACCAAAUCCCCAGCUCAUCUCACUGAUUUCCUCUGCAACUCGUAUCCUGAAUGGCAACAAGCUAUACAAGCUGAACUCUCUGCCCUCCUUAAGAAUGAUACUUGGAAAAUUCUACCACUUCCUGAUGGGAAAAUUCCCAUAGACUGCAAAUGGGUUUUCAAGGUUAAGUUCAAACCUGAUGCUUCAGUUGAAAGAUACAAAGCUCGUUUGGUGGCCAAGGGUUUUACUCAGCUUGAAGGCAUUGAUUUCUUUGAUACAUUUUCACCAGUAGCUAAACUUACAACUAUCAAGUUCAUUCUUGCUCUAGCUGCUAUUCAUGGUUGGUCUUUAUAUCAUCUUGAUAUUAAUAAUGCCUUCUUAUAUGGAGAUUUGAAAGAGGAAAUCUACAUGAACAUUCCACCUGGGCUCCUUGGUGAGGGGGGCACUCCAAAUGGUCCAAGAAUGGUUUGUAAACUCAACAAGUCUCUAUAUGGUUUGAAACAAGCAUCAAGACAAUGGUACUUGAAACUCACUGAAGUGUUGGCAAAAUUUGGUCUACAACAAUCAGCCUCGGACCAUUCCUUUUUCUUAAAAAAUGAAGAUUCAGUCUUUUUUGCUGUGGUAGUAUAUGUGGAUGACUUAAUGGCAGUCACCAACAAACCUGAGGUGAUGAAAAGCUUCAAAGAAUUUCUGAGCCAAUUCUUCAAGUUCAAGGAUUUGGGACAUCCGAAAUACUUUCUUGGCUUAGAAAUAGCCAGAAGUGAUCAAGGGAUUAUGGUCUCUCAAAGAAAGUAUGCAAUGGCCUUAAUUAGAGAUGCAGGAUUGCUUGGCUGCAAACCAUCCUUUGUACAUAUGGAUCCUACAAAAAGGUUACAGCAGGAAGCAGGAGAUGCUAUGGAAGACUCCUCUAAGUAUAGAAGGCAGAUAGGGAGGCUGUUGUGUCUCUGCAUCACCAGACCAGACAUCACAUUUGUUGUACACAAUUUGAGCCAGUAUGUUUCAAGACCGUGUGUUGAGCAUUGGGAAGCAAGUGAAAGAAUAUUGAGAUAUCUAAAGGCUACACCGGGCCAUGGGCUGUUCUAUUCAAGCAAGGCUGCUCCAACACUUAGUAUUUUUUCAGAUGCUAACUGGGCAGCAUGUCCAGAUACACGAAGGUCUAUAAUUGGCUAUUGUUUGUUUCUUGGAUCAUCCUUGGUGUCUUGA